AUGGGCAUGACAUAUCGUUCGACGUCGCUCAACUACGAAUCUUCAGGGAGUCAAGCAACCACUCUUCCUUUCUUCGGCAUUCAACCAUCGUCUCUAUUUAAGCAUUCCAUGGCAGAUAAGCAUUCCGAUGAAGGUGGGAGCACGGGCAAUUUUGGUGGUGAAAGUUCUGAAUCAACUGUGGAGAUCCGUAUCAAGACACUUGAUUCACAGUCGUACCAGUUUAAUGUAGAUAAAAAUAUGCUAGUUUCAGCAUUCAAAGAGAAAAUAGCUACUGAUGUUGGACUUCCAGUUGGACAGCAGCGGCUCAUCUUUCGGGGCAAGGUGUUGAAGGACGAGCUCCGCCUUUGUGAAUAUCACGUUGGAAGUGGAGACACAUUGCAUCUAGUGGCUAGACAGGCACAGCCUUCUGAAUCACAACCUCAAUCUGGUACCACAACAACUGCAAAUGGUAGUAAUACAGGACAAAAUGCAAAUGGUGGAGGUGCACGUCCGCGUGUCAGUCAUAUUUCACAUAGUGUAGUACUUGGGACCUUUGCAGAUAGAAAUGAAGAUGGCAAUCCUGAUCUUAGUCGGGUCAUUGGUGCUGUUUUAAAUUCAUUUGGAAUUGGGGGCCAGGGCCAAGGCCAGGUGUCCAUGCCAAACAUGCAGUUGAAUGUUCCUGUGCAAGUUGCCCAAGGAAAUGAAGCUGGAGUUAAUGCCAACAAUCAAGGUCAACAGGGAAACCCUAGUCAACCUGGUUUUGCCAUUCCAGGAAUGGCUUUACCAACACUUGUUACGCCAAUUCCUGAUUCAUUACACACACUUUCCGAGUUCAUGAAUCGAAUGGAGCAGGCAUUGUCACAUAAUGGGUAUCAGCAAAAUCAAGCUCCAAAUGGUGCAGAGGCCCCACCAGCUGUAGUAUUGCCAUCUGGUCCUCGUGGCGUGCCUUCACCUGCAGCUCUGGCUGUUGUUAUGCGACAUGCUCUACAACUUGUCAAUGGGCCUGCUACUGAUUCUCUUUCUCAUACUGCAAGAAGGCUGGAGGAAGAGGAGAGUUGCACUGAUCUGACAGUAAGAACCCAAAUCCAGUCAGAAGCCAUGCAAUCAGGGCUUGCUAUGCAACAUUUAGGCGCCCUUCUACUUGAGCUCGGGCGUACAAUGUUGACUUUGCGUGUCGGACAGUCUCCCGCUGAAUCUUCUGUAAAUGCUGGACCUGCUGUUUACAUCUCUCCAACUGGGCCCAAUCCAAUAAUGGCACAGCCCUUUCCUCUGCAAACUAAUUCAAUGUUUGGUGGUCCUCCAACACCCUUGGGUCCUCUUGGUGUUCCAAGGCAUAUAAAUGUUCAUAUCCAUGCGGGAAUCGGUCCAAGGGGAACUAAUGUUGAUUCAAACCAAGGAGAACAACCUAAUGAAACAAGUAACGUUCCAGCAGCUGCUGCUGCAGGAGUUAAUGUGCAAACACAAAGUAGAGGUGUUACAAGAAGUGAAAAUCCAGCUUCUCAAGGCCAACCAGAUGGAAGUGUGUCAGAAUCUGAGACCAGAACGGAUACAGAAGGUGCUGGAAACACCAUUGCCAUUACCAGCAGCAGUGCAACAAAAUCUGCAAGUGAGGUUCAAAAUGAUGCUUCUGCUUCAUCAUCGACUCCAGACAAUGCUCCAACCGUUCCUCUUGGACUUGGGUUAGGAGGCUUACAACCCAAGAGACGAAGUCGGCAGACAAAACCAGAAGUGACUACUACUACUACUACUAGUAAUGCCCCUGUGCCUCCUGUUACUUCUAGUCCAGCUGGCCAGUUGGAUCCUGCUGCAAUCAUGAGUCAGAUGGUGGCAAAUCCUGCACUUGAUGGUCUCUUGUCUGGAGUUUCAAGCCAAACCGGGAUUGGUUCACCGGAUGUAUUGAGGAACAUGUUGGGUCAACUAACUCAGAACCCUGCAAUGAUGAACACCGUAAAUCAAAUUGCUCAACAGAUUGAUGGGAAUCAAGAUCUGAGCAACAUGUUUUCUGGUAUGGGUGGCGGUGGUGGUGGUGGUUUUGAUCUGUCGGGUAUGAUACAACAGAUGAUGCCGAUUGUUGCCCAAGCUUUUGGUGGUGGGGGAUCUGGUUUAAACAUGCUUCAACAACCACCUUCCAUGGAUAGUGGGGUUCAACCUAGAAGCAUAAAUGAUAGUUCUAGUGCUCCUCAGUUGAACCUGCGGGAUUUGGCUGAGAAGAUCGAACAGCAGGAGUCGCCAGAUGUAGUGUUUUCGUCUGUGGUUGAAGCUGCUGCUCGUGUGAACAACAAUAACAAUGGAGAUGAGCUUUCUGAGUUGCUUAUCCAAGAGGGUCUUGUUGAUGAGUUUAUGGAAAUGUUGAAGACCGAUGUUUCACAACUGCUGGAGGAAGAGGAAUAGGUGUUCUUUUUUAUGGAAUGGAAUUGAUGUACAAAAUACAUGGAAUGGAAUGGAAUCGGAUG